CCUGUUUCUUGAAGAAAGCUUAGAUCUUCCACUGCAAAGCCGGAAAAUGGACCUAUAUAAAAUAAGCAUCACAAAGUUGGAACUUGGAAGUGCUCACAACUAGAGUCGUCGAGAUACAUGCUCUUGACAGCAAGGAUUUUGGCCUAUACCAAUUGGUUGGGAUACCUCAGGCAGCUUAUCACUAUUACUAGCAUUCUCAUUGUUGGAUAAUCGCCCAAUCAUACAACCCAACAUAAUACCCCUCUGUUUGGCUACUCCCUGCUCCUCGGCAAGAUGUUGCUCUACCUUGUUCGACACGGCAAAACCAGCCUCAACAACUCCAACCUCGUGCAAGGCACCAUCGACGCCCCUCUCUCACUUGGGGGGUACAUUCAAGCCCAGAAGCUGGCUGAACACCUGCGUUUAGUACCUUUCACAGAAGCUUGGACUAGUCCAUUGACUAGGGCUCAAGAGACAGCAAAAGUGAUUUUGUCCCAACAGCCUAGUAGAAAAGCCCAAUUGCAUGUUGACGACCGUCUGGGCGCCAGAUACAUGGGGACGGCAGAAGGUAAGCAUUGGGAUGAAGUCAAGGAUGAUCUGGAGGCCCAUAAAGCUGAGGACGGCGAUGUUGUGAAAGCUAGAUUGCACGAAUGGUUGACUGAGCUUCUCAACACUCACGCACCUUCCAUUUCCGCUCCUCGUUCACCUACUUCCCCUCUUUCUCCCCUCCCCCCGCUAUCAUCCUUUUCGCCUUCAUCCUACACCUCCUCAACUGGCAAUUUCAACCCUUUUGACCUUAUCCAUGCCCUUCCCCGCCCCGGAUUUCCCCGACGCCCAUCCUCGAGAUCCUCUUCCGGUGCUACCGGCCUAGUAGGCGGAUCAGGUUCGGGGGUGAUAUUAGUGCUUACCCAUCAAGAGUGUUUAGAGAGGUUCGGCGAAAUGUGUAACCGCGAUGAGUCCGUGGUUAAGAAUGGUGAACGUGAAGCUAAGGCUAAGGUACCGUUGAGUAUGUAUGUGUCGGAAGGGAUUGAUUUAAAAAGCAGUCCUAUGGGAAAUACGAGCGUGGCGAUUUUGAGAGUCUGGUGGCAGCGUAUUGAUAGUGGUGCUGAGAUGGGCAGUGUAUUGGAAGCCAGGGGACGCUUGGAGGCAUGGGGAAUGGAAGAUCAUUUGGAUUGAAAUCGUGUCUAGUCGUCUCACGUACCCUGUCAAGUAUGAAUGAGC